GCAUCAUGAGCACAGUGGGCUCCAGCCUCCCCAGCCCUCCAACCUUCCUAACGGCUCCCACCACUUCUGGGACUUACACCCGGGCUGCCGACCCUGUACCGGUUCUCAUCGCCCUGGCCUGCAUUUUUCUGCUGCUGGCCUCUUGCCUGCUGUUCAUGAUGCUGUGUAAGCCAACCGCCUUGGACCCUGGCCGCCAAGGGGCCCGGGAGUGCAUGCCACAUCACCCGGUAAGCCCCAGUGAGCCGAGGCUCCGGCUCUGGAAGCAUCUGGGCUCACUGCGUUGCUCUCUGCACAGCUUCCAGCGAGGCAGGCCUGCUGUCCAGUGGGGUCUUGAUGACCACCGAGGUGACUAUGACUGCACUGAAGCCACCAAGAUGUGAUACACAUAGGCUCACCCAAGACCACCCUGCCUCUGAUGGAGCCUGGCAUCACAGGCCGUAGGAUACUCUGGACCCCUAUGUCACCCCAGUAUUUCCCUGUGUGUCUAGCUUGUGUCCUUUCCCAGAAGACCCUGAAGGCCCCUGAUUCUGCAUGUUAACAGACCUCUUGGAUAAAAAGAUAACUGCC